GGGUAGCACUCUUUUGAGGCCUUCCACGCAUCCGAAGAAAGCGAAGGCUUCUCAGCCCUCGGAGAAGGUAUUUGUUCUGACUUGGAGUUGUUGUAGUUCGUUUCUCCCCUUUUCGGAAACUAAUCUUUGUACGCUUGCUAUGCAGGAAGCGGUUUCGGAAGUCAUGCCUCCUCCUAAGAAUCUUCUUCACUUCAUGCCCUUGCCAGGGCAGAAGUUAAAGAGUGUGGUGGUUGCUGAACCGCCGGCCGUGGAUCAGCCGCUGAUCGAGGAAGAUAUCAUCCCUUCUCCCCUUAAACCAUCUGCUGCUUUGGGGAUCGAAAUCCAGGAUAUCACCGAGGUGAUGGAGGCGAUUGAAGCCGAUUUUGUUCCUGGUUCGGAUGUCCCUGAGGUAGCUGGGGAGAAGAAGGAGUCUGCUGAUCUUCCCUUCGAGAGGGAGAAGAGUCCAGACAAGGAGAUGAUAGAUCUCUCGGGCCCCGAAGCUGCGGUCCCCGAGGUUCAGAAGGAGGUUCCCUCUGCUGGAGAGGAGGAGCAGCCCGAGCAAGGUUUGACGAGGAAGAGGCGCCACUCAACUUUGGGUUCUACUUCUACCUCGGCCCUGGAUAGGCUGAUCCAUGCUGAUCCCUGUUCGGAUGUUCCGCUAAAACGGAUCCCCGAAGAAGUAAGGGAGGCGAUGGCUCGAUAUGCCAGGGCUCCGAUUUUGGGAGAGGACCCCUUGGCUCACGUGGGAUCCUUGGUGGGCCCCGAGGCUGCUCGGGAGAAUCUGCUUCGUGCUAACCCGCAGUGGAGGGUUCCUGGGGCCGAAGAGAGGAAUCCGGCAAUGAUGGCCCAGUACUAUCUGAACGAGGCUGUUUUCUGGUCUUCGUUCGCUUCCGAGUGUAGCUCGGUUGAGGAGAAACAACUGAGGAAAUAUCGUGAGGCUUAUGCUCGUGAUAUUCCCAUUUUGGACCAGAAGGCUGGGCAACUCCUCUCCGAGCUUACGGAACUCAAGCAGCUGUACCUUCACUAUAGUCGCGAGGCUAGAGAGUCUGCUGAGAAGAUCGGGACCGAGGUUGGCCAGCUCAUCUUCCGAGUUGAAGAGGAUGCUGAGAAGAUCGCUUCCUUUGCUGAGGAGAAGAAGGAUAUGGCCGCUAAGUUCGCUAGCGAACUUGAGGAAAAAGAUAGACUCUUCCAGGAGAUGAAGUCUAAAUUUGAAGCGGCCGACAAGGAGCGUAAAGAGGCGGAGUUAAGGCUCCACCAUUUUGUCCAGCAUCGGGAGCUGAUCCAGCAGCAAGCUGAUAAGGUGCCUGUCCUUCGGCUGCAGCUUCGGGAAAAGGAUGACUAUAUUCGGAAGCUGGAGCAGGAGCGAGUCAACCUCUACACUGCUGAUCAGUCCCUUGCUGCUUCUCAUUGA